AUGUCCCCAAACCAAGAACAGGCUACCGAGAAAAAAGAGAAAGGCAAAUUCAUGCCAAAGGUUCCGGUUCAGUUGGACCCCCCUAAGGACGCGUGGUUCACCAGAGAGGAGUUGUCCCAAUACGAUGGUGUGAAAUCCGACAAAAUCUACGUUGGGAUCAAGGGGACCGUGUUUGAUGUUUCCAAAAACACAAAGUCAUACGGGCCUAAUGCGGGCUACUCCAAGCUAGCGGGUAAGGAUGCCUCAAAGGCCUUGGGAAAGACUUCAUUAAAGGACGAAGACGUCGAUCCUGCAACCUGUUGGGACUACAGUGACUUGAGCGAAAAACAUCUCAAGGCACUUGAUGACUGGUAUACCUUCUUUGAAAAUAGAUACAACAUCGUGGGGAAGGUUAUCGACCAUCGGUGA